AGAGCCCGUGAAAUUCUAUGGCAUAUGCAAUAUGCUAUACUUGGCUUGAUCUGAUGACUCGACCUUGCGCUGAUAUAAAUGCUUCGCCAUGCCAAUGCCCUUCAUCUCUCCAGAUACCCUCCGAGGUAUUAACCUUGUCCUGCUUCUGUUCGCUUUCCGUUCAAGUUUACGCAAGGCUGUAACGACCUCUUAUCGUUUGUGUACCUUGUUCUCGUCCGAUGCUCUACGUCUUGUCUACGCUUACGUUUCUGCGUCUUGGGGCGUAUGCGGCCUGAUGAAUUACUGUCGCUGCACGUUGGCUAGGAUGCGCUUGAUGCUAUCGCAGUGUAUAUAUUAGAGUCUCUUCGUUGCCCCUACCUUUGGCGCUAGAACAUGUAAUAAUCCGACUACCUUAAUAAUAAUAAUAUCCCUUGAUGUAUGUACGAACUGUAUGCAGAACG